AUGAUUGAUUGGACUUGGAUGAUGAAGCUAGGGUAUGACAUUAAGGCAAAUUUAACAUAUCACAAGAUACUCAGAGAUGUGUACUUUAAGAAAGACGAUCGAUGGGUACCUGUAGACGCAGACACUGCACAUGUAUGCGAGACGAUCGCUGACGCUGUCAAGCUGGGUGCAUCAGACACACGAGACGACAAUGGAGAGCGUAUCGUACCUCUACUAGUCAGCAAUCGCACCUUGGAGUAUAACUCGCAAUAUGGCUAUAUCCGACCAUUCAACAAUGAAUACUAUCAACGUAUCUAUGACCGUGACGAUGAACUCGAAAGAAUUAAUAAUAACAAUAAUAAUAAUAAUAAUAAUGAACAACUGUCAUCAUCAUCAUCAUCAUCAACAACCAAUACAACAUCACCAACACUCAAUCAUAUCAUAUCGGAACAACAACAUCAACAAGAAGAACAAGACAACGAUGAUGUAUCAGCUACACCAGUCGAAGGUAAAUUACAACUUCGAAAGGUCAAUUUUAAUGGUAUUAUACGUAAUGCAAUUGGUGGAUUUCAUUUAAUGAUUGAUAAGUUUGUUUUGACCAAGACAUUGGCUAGAUCGGAUUACUUGGUACCAAGUAUACUAGUGGAACAUGGUGUUGUAACUGGUACGUAUGGAAUGGAUGGUGAUAUGUCGGAUAAACCUGAUCGUGUGUGGUAUCUUAAAGACCCGAGACUCAACCGUUCAAAAGGUAUCCAAUUAUUUAAAAAGUUGGAUGAUGCACUUGAAAUAUGCAAGGCAGAUCCUUCUAAAAGAUACAUUGUACAACGAGAGAUGGUUCCAUUACUACUCAACAAUACCUACAAAUUUGACAUUCGUGUCAUGAUCCUAUUUACAUUCUCACCGACCUCUACCAACCUCUAUCUCUUCAAGGAAGGUGUCAUCAGGUCGACAGGUGCCAAAUACGAGCGUGGUAGCACCGACACGCAACAACAAUUCACCAACUUUUGCUUUCAGAAAGAGAUGAACCCGGAAUUUGAAAACAUCCUUCCUCUACGAGACUGGGAUACACAAGACAAGACAUUCAAGAGAAUUCAACAGGCAGUGUGCGAGAUAUUCACUAAUUUCAUGCCUCGACUAAAUCAACUUGGUCACCAAGGAUACACCAUCUUUGGAUUGGACUUUUUAAUCGAUGAACUCGAGAAACUCCAUCUUUUAGAGGUCAACUAUUCACCAAGUAUGUUUAUUGCAAGCAGUGAAAAUGUCAAAUCUAUCUGUAGACGUGCCAUCUCUCAAAUACCUGCUUUGGCACUUGAACCUAUCCUAUUCUCAACUACUCCCAUCACUGGAGAUUGGAUUCACUGUUUAGAAAGAGUUCAUCUUAAAAAGAAAGUAAAUAAUGACAACAAAGAUGAUGAUGAUGAUGAAGAUCUUGACAAUUUUAAUCUAUUUUAA